AUGGAUCCAUCUCAGGUCGAUAUUCCUCCGUUGAAAGAUCUCACCAUCGACAACAUCACCGACAAUGUGCACCUGAUCAACUCGCGCUGCCCCAACCCGCGCCUGAAAUACAUCCUGGAGCGCCUCGUCGUCCAUGCCCACGACUUUGCGCGCGAAACACGGCUGAGCACUGAUGAGUGGAUGACGGGCAUCCAAUUCCUGACCGAAGUCGGCCAGAUCUGCAGCGAUGUACGCCAGGAAUUCAUCCUCCUCUCCGACAUCAUCGGCCUCUCGCUGCUCGUAGACAGCAUCGACCACCCCAAGCCGCCCCACAGCACCGAAGGCACCGUGCUCGGCCCCUUCCACACCCUAGAUGCCCACGGCGAGGCCAACGGCUCCGUCAUCUCCCAUGAUCCCGACGGCGAGCCCUGUCUUGUCCUCUGCUCGGUCAAAGACACGGCUGGCAACCCCAUCGAGGGUGUCAAGAUCGACGUCUGGGAAACCGACUCCAAGGGCUUCUACGACGUGCAGUACAAGGACCGCAAGGAGCCCGACGGGAGGGCUGUGCUGGUGAGCGACAAGGACGGCAUCUUCUGGUUCAAGGCCAUCGUUCCCGUGCCCUACCCCAUUCCGCACGACGGUCCGGUGGGGAAGCUGUUGAAGGUGCUGAAGAGACACCCCUACCGCCCAAGCCACAUGCAUUUCAUGUUCGCCAAGGAGGGUUUCGACAACCUGAUCACUGCUCUUUAUCUUCGCAACGAUCCCUACGAGACUUCCGAUGCCGUUUUCGGCGUCAAGGAAACCCUGCUCGUGGAUUUGCACACGGUCGAUGCUGCAGACGCUAAAAAAUAUGGCGUAAAGGAAGGCAGUAAACUCAUGAAGUACGAUUUUGUCCUCGUCACCGAAGACGAAGCAAAGCAGUUGCGGGAGAAGAAGGCCAUGGAGGCAAUGGAGGCCCAAGGAAGGAAAAUGAAGCUUUGGAACGGUCUGCCAGUUCCGGAUGUCGACUGA